AAAAAAGUAAGAAGGAGAGAAACAAAAGGAAAAAUCAGGGUCGUCUCUAUUGUAAUUCGUUCGGUCUUUUGCAGGAGGAGAGGAGAGAACUGUCUUUCUGAGCCUCAAACCCUAGUCGGUGGUUUCUACUUUCUUCCAGGCUCCUACUUCUUUUCCUUCUUUCCAAUCCCGAAUUUCAAAUCCCAGGAUGAUCUUUUAGCUGAUUAUUCGUGCAUAUCAAUCUGCUCAGGAAGAAGAACAUUAUUCAAAGAGUAGACAGUGAUUGGAGGCCUUUGCUUGUGAUGGAUUCACCUGAGCGUGGUCGGAGUUAUGCAAAACGGGACAUAGAGGAUGGUUCUGAUGUGAAGAGUGAUAGGACUGGAGAUGAUGAAGAGUGGGAGGGCAGUGAGAAGAGAAAACAUAGGUCAAGUAGGUCAAGAAAAACGAGCAAUGCAGACGAGGUUGAAGGUCUAGAUAGCAGUGGAAGAAGAAGAAGUUCUGGGGACAGAAAUGAGGGCCGCAAACGGUCGGGUGGAUCCAGCAGAGCAGGUAGUGACGAGGAUGACAAUGACUCAAAAAAAGAGUUGCGCUCUAAGCAAAUGAAGAAAAGACAAGAAGAGAAUACAUUAGAAAAGUUGAGCAAUUGGUACCAGGACGGAGAAUUAGAGAACAGGAAAGAUGGUGGAGAUAAAUCGGGAAGCAGAGGGCAUGGUCGAGCUGAUGAAAGUGAGAGAAGGAAAAUUGCCUCAAAGCUUUCAGAGUAUGAGAAUUCUCAGAGCAGAAGUAAAAGCAAAGAAGAAAGGUCCCUUGAUGGAGAUCUUGAAAAAGUGGUUGAUAGAGAUUCCAGGUAUUCAGAGAGGAGGGAAAGUGGUCGAGAGAAGGGUCAUGGGUCUUCUGAGGAGGUGAGGAACUCGAGGAGAAAGUGGGAUGAACCUGAUGCAGUCAAGAAAGCUGAAGAAACUUAUUCUGAAAGAGCUGACCUGAGAAGUGGUAAGGCUUCUGAUGCUACUAAGUAUGAGAGUUCUAGAGAGAGAAGUGUGUCCACGAGAAAUGAACCAGGUGAUAGUAAGAUCCGAGGUGUAGAUUCAAACAGUGAGAAGGGUAUCAAAUCUAAUAAUAGGGAAGAAAGAAGAGCUGAUGUUGAGAGGAGUAGGAGCAAAGUUAAGUCAGAGGCACUAGAAGAAGAUAAUAGGGUUAGUCCUAUUACUCGUGAAGACAGAUCAGGCAAGGAGAAAACUGAGAAGAAUAGACAGCAGAGAACUCCCAUUCAGGAUGUUGCCGAAAGCCGGGAGAGAACUUUAAAUGCAGAGGAUGAUAAAAGUAUGCGGAUGAGGGAUAAAAGUGCGAGAGAAGUAGGGCUCUCUAACAGGUCAAGAACCCCCGAGAGGGGUGGGAGGCGUCAUCAAGAAACAGAUCACUCUGAGAUAGAUUUUGAAAGAAGUUUCAACCUCAAGCGGAAGGAACUGGAAAAGGAUGGUUACAGGGAUGAUAGAUCAAAAGGCAGAGAUGAUAGCUGGAGCGACAGGAAUAGGGACCGUGAAGGUUCCAAAGAGAAUUGGAAAAGAAGGCAACCUAUCAGUAGUGAUAAAGAGUCAAAAAAUGGGGAUGUUGUUUAUGAUCAUGGCAGAGAGUGGGAGUUGCCAAGACAUGGUCGUGAGAGGACUGACAAUGAAAGGCCUCAUGGUCGGUCUGGUAAUAGGAAAGAUGGAAGCAGGGGUGAAGCUGUGAAAACCUCAUCAAACUUUGGAAUUUCGAAUGAGAAUUAUGAUGUGAUAGAGAUCCAAACAAAGCCUCUUGAUUAUGGAAGAGCAGAGUCUGGAUCCAACUUUUCCAGGAGAGCUGAAGUUGUUCAGCAAUCUGACUUGAAAUCAGCACCAAAUGAUGAAGAGUGGGCAUAUAUGCAGGAUGACAGGGCAAGAAGGAAUGAUUUAUAUGGGUCUGGGCCACCUGGUGAAGAUUCAAAGGAAAGAUAUACAGAUGAUGGUACCUCUAUGCGAGAUCAAAAUUCAUGGAGGGAUGACUUUGAUGUCCUUGGAGGAAAGGGAAGAAGCCAGAAAGCUGCUAUGUCUGGUCGCAGUGCUGGUGGCCAAAGUUCUAGCAGUGGUUCGCAGCCUCCAUAUGGGAACCAGGAUCCAGGGUCCUUCAACAGAGCUGCCUCACAAGGAGUAAAAGGGAGUAGAGUGGGGAGAGGAGGAAGGGGCCGGCUCACUGGGAGAGACAACCAGCAGGUAGCAAUCCCACUGCCUAUAAUGGGAGCACCUUUCGGACCUCUUGGAAUGCCUCCACCAGGUCCAAUGCAGCCUCUUACCCCUGGUAUGCAACCUGCUCCAGGUCCACCAAUUUCGCCAGGUGUCUUCAUUCCCCCCUUUAAUCCGCCCGUUUGGCCUGGGGCUCGAGGUGUUGAUAUGAAUAUGUUAGCUGUUGCACCGGGUCUAUCUCCUGUUCCUCCUGGACCAUCAGGUCCAAGGUUUCCUCCUAACAUGGGCAACUCACCCCCUGCGAUGUAUUUUAACCAACCUGGCCCCACAAGAGGAGUUCCUCCUAGCAUAUCUGGCCCUGGUUUUAGUGCUGCUGGACCAAUGGGACGAGGAACUCCACCUGAUAAAACUCCCGGGGGUUGGGUUCCACCUAAAAGUAGUGGGCCUCCUGGUAAAGCUCCUUCUAGAGGAGAGCAGAAUGAUUACUCUCAAAAUUUCGUUGACACUGGUAUGCGGCCGCAGAAUUUCAUCAGAGAGCUAGAGCUUACAAAUGUUGUAGAGGAUUACCCUAAGCUUAGGGAGCUUAUACAGAAAAAGGAUGAGAUUGUGGCUAAAUCUGCUUCUCCUCCUAUGUAUUACCGAUGUGACUUAAAAGAGUUUGAGCUAUCCCCGGAGUUCUUUGGAACCAAGUUUGACGUCAUUCUUGUGGACCCCCCAUGGGAGGAAUAUGUUCAUCGCGCACCUGGUGUUGCUGACCAUAUGGAGUACUGGACAUUUGAAGAAAUAAUGAGUCUAAAGAUUGAGGCAAUAGCAGACACACCUUCUUUUAUCUUCCUUUGGGUUGGUGAUGGUGCGGGCCUUGAGCAGGGCCGCCAGUGUUUAAAGAAGUGGGGAUUUCGUAGGUGUGAGGAUAUUUGUUGGGUGAAGACAAACAAAGCUACUGCAACACCGGGGUUGCGUCAUGAUUCUCAUACUUUAUUUCAGCACUCAAAGGAGCACUGCUUGAUGGGUAUAAAAGGAACUGUCCGUCGCAGUACUGAUGGUCACAUAAUCCAUGCCAACAUUGAUACUGAUGUAAUAAUUGCUGAGGAACCUCCGUAUGGUUCAACACAAAAGCCUGAAGACAUGUACAGAAUUGUUGAGCAUUUUGCCCUUGGCCGCAGGAGACUUGAGCUCUUUGGUGAAGACCACAAUAUUCGGUCUGGUUGGCUGACUGUUGGCAAAGAACUAUCCUCGACAAAUUUUAAUGCUGAGGCAUAUGUAAGGAGCUUUGCUGAUAAGGAUGGGAAAGUUUGGCAAGGAGGGGGAGGACGAAAUCCACCCCCAGAGGCACCCCAUCUUGUCAUUACAACCCCCGAUAUAGAGUCUCUUCGGCCCAAGUCACCAAUGAAGAACCAGCAGCAACUUCAACAGCAGCAGUCGACAUCCAUUUCGCUAACAACGGCCAGUUCCUCUAAUAGAAGGCCCGCUGGAAACUCACCUUCAAAUCUGGGUGCUCUUGGUCUAAACCAAGAAGCUUCCAGCUCUAAUCCCUCAACUCCAGUUCCCUGGGCGUCACCAAUGGAGGGUUAUAGAGGAAGAGAAGGGAGCAGUAUGCCUUCAGAUGAUAAGCUUUUUGAUAUGUACGGAUAUAGUGGUCAGGCAAAUCAAGACUAUUUAGAAUUUGAGUCUCACAGACAAAUGAAUUUGUUGUAACGAAAUACUUGGCAUAUUAAAGUGCUGUGAUGUAGCAUGUAAUUGUUGUUUUUCUGCCAUCCAAUAUAAAGUGGAAAGAAAAUUCCAUA